AUGACGGAACCUCCCACUGCUGGCGACGUCGUCUCAGGACAAGAUCCAGAACAAAACCGGUUGAAUCACCUGACCGAACACACACAACACGCUCAACAACCACAACCAGGACCUUCCACUUCAACUUCUACCACCAGUCCUACCAUACCCACCACGGAAUCCCCUCUCCCAGAGAUUCCAGCUGCUUUCCCCAAGAAACGCCGCGGUCGUCCCCCUGGCCGCCCAAACGCUACUGUACGCGAUGCAGACUACGAGGAUAACGCCUUGGUACAGGCAUGGAACGCCGCCAAAGGAGACCGUGCCAUACCGGCUAUCUCGAUAUUCAUACGGGAUGCUCUGACGGAGCAGUCCCUCGUCCACGACACUCAACGCAACAUCUUCCGCAUGCCCAGCCGCGAGACUAUCCUGUUCGUUCAGGGCUGGAUUACAGCCAAGCACAUCGCCUCGCAGAGACCAAGUUAUGUCAACGGGUUGUUGAUCCACUCACGAGGCCAAGACUCCGCGGUAGCAUGUGCUCAGUGCGCCGAGAAGCGGUCCAAAUAUGCCCUAGGGCCUUUUCUGAGCUGUCGUGUGCUGCCGGGAAGCUAUCACAAUAGCUGUUCGAAUUGCAAGUGGUUCGACAACACAGCGAGCUGCUCUUUGUACACGGGCCCGAAGCCAAACCGGAAACGAAAGGCCAAGGCGCAGCUUCCGCCGCCGCCAACAGAGGGUGUAGGGCCAACUUCCAAUGGCGAUGGGAUGAAUGGCAACCCUCACAUCCCUUCUGCGACGGGAGGCCAAGGGGGUGUUGCGCCCGGAUCACAGCCACAGCCCCACCCUCAACUCCAACCAGAGGCGGAUAUGGCUCCUAUCCAGACAACCCAUUCACAAUCCCACACCGAAAUAAGCGGCUCCGAGCUACUCGAAGCGCCCAGCCAACCGGAUUCCCUAACCGACUCGCACUACGGAUUACGCAAACCCGGCCACGACGACGACGCCGAAUCAGCGGACGGCGAUUCAGAUUGGCAGCCCAACUGUUGCCAGAACUCCAACGGUCCGGUCCGUAGAUGGGAUGGAAAGGGCGUCAAAACCGGCCGCGUUCAAACCACCAUCCCGUCUACGGGAAUUGUUAUCAGUAGUUGUAUUUUAAUUGUUUAUCCACGGCACCUGGUAUGUAGGUAG